AUGCACUCAUCAGAGGGUCUACUGCGAAUGCGCUCUGAUAAAGCCGCGUACACCGCGGCGUCAUUGGCGGCGUCCUACAAACUGGACGAGGGCUAUUCCGACGACACACGAAGUCAACUAGAAGGUGAAGACGGUGUCGCUCAAAAUGUAUCUAUGCUUUUACCAGACUGGAUCCUCCCCUAUAGUGAUUCAGAAAGAGCUGAGCUUGCCCACUCCAUACUCACCAGCUUACCAACAAACUUGGUCGCCUCAGUCGUAGAGCGACUGACGCCACGGCUUCACAUGGACCCCGUCCUCAGACUUCCACCCGAAAUCACUGCGGAGAUUUUCUCAUAUCUCGAUCCAGCCACCUUAUUCACUGCAUCGUUAGCCUCGCGAGCUUGGAGGAACCGCAUCAUCGAUCCACGCUUAUGGAAGGAUAUGUACAUCAGAGAAGGAUGGCGAGUGGAUAUCGACGCUGUCGCAAAAUAUGAACAACUGCAUACGGAGCGAUUCGUGUCCCAAAUUCGCAAGUCUCGUUCUCGACUCGCCGAUUCUGACUCGCCCGAACCUCAGCUCAAGAGGCGUGUCACGGAGGCGAGCCUCCAGUCGCGAGACCCCUCCGAUUACAAUGCGCAGUCUAAUCCCCCAUGGAAUGAACAGCAUCCGAUGGUAGAAGCUGAUGUGCCAGUCUCUCCACUCGAUGCUGAUAAUGACCGAGAAAUGCGAGAUGUGAAUGCUGCAUGUCAACCACUAUCAUCUGCCGACAGUCCCUUUGAACCUACAAAAUCACCAAGGCAAUCGCCCUGUGUGAUUCGAUUACCAAAUGGAACUGCCAAGAUCAAUUGGCCCUACCUUUAUAAACAACGAAGACGCUUGGAGGACAACUGGACCAAGGGCCGCUUCACCACCUUUACACUUCCCCAUCCAGCAUAUUCGGAUGAAGCUCAUCAACAAUGCGUCUACGCUAUUCAAUUUGUAGGUAAGUGGAUGGUCAGCGGUAGCCGUGACACAACUAUUCGUGUCUGGGAUUUAAGUCGAAUGCGAUUAUGCCUUCCACCGCUUCGGGGCCACCAGACAUCAGUACUAUGUCUUCAAUUUGAUCCCAGCCCAGAGGAAGACGUGAUCAUGUCCGGCGGAAGUGACAACAAUGUCAUCAUCUGGAAGUUUUCCACAGGGCAAAAACUUCUCCAAUUAACAAAUGCGCACCAGGACUCUGUUUUGAACCUGAAGUUUGACAAACGCUAUCUCGUGACAUGCUCCAAGGACAAGUUCAUCAAAGUAUGGAAUCGUCGAGCACUCACCCCUAUGGACAAAGAUUAUCCGUCAGUUGUCAGGGGAUCAGUCAACAAAUACCCUACUUAUAUAAUUGACACAACCCAAUACUCUCCUUCCUGGCUAGAAGCGAACCUUGCGAACGGCCACAUCAAAAAACUUGAACCGUAUAGCCUGCUAAUGACUCUUGAGGGUCAUGAUGCCGCUGUGAACGCAAUACAAAUCAAUGACGACGAGAUAGUCUCAGCUGCAGGAGACCGGUUGAUCAAAGUAUGGAGCAUACACAAUGGCUCAUGCUUGAAAACCAUUCUGGGUCACAAAAAGGGGAUUGCAUGCGUUCAGUUUGAUAAUCGACGGAUUAUUAGUGGUAGCAACGAUGACACGAUUCGUAUCUACGAUCACGCAUCAGGAGCGGAAGUAGCUACUCUCGAAGGACACAGUAAUCUGGUACGAGCCGUGCAAGCCGGGUUUGGUGAUCCUCCAGGCGCAGAGGAAGCACUACGACUGGAAGCUCUUGCAGUGGACACCGACUUCUGGGAUGCUGCUCGUAAUGGUAAUAUAUCUUAUCAACUUCGAACACCCGUGUUCCGUCGUCGUGCGGGACCGCGAAAUACAGGGUCAAGAAACCCGAAUGAUGUCAUGGCAUUAGGUGCUCAUAUUCCACCGGGCGGCGGAGGGAGCCGAUGGGCACGAAUUGUUUCGGGCUCAUAUGAUGAAACUGUUAUUAUAUGGAGAAAGGAUCGUGAUGGCAGGUGGCUAGUUGGGCAUCGGCUUCGUCAAGCAGAUGCUGUGACGAUGGCGAGCUCGUCUAAUUCAAUCCGCGCUCGAGACCAAGCAAUGCGUCACAUGGAGACGCUGCAGUCACAACCGCGAACCGGGCCGAUAAUACAUAACCAGGCCAGGAACCUUACCGCUGCAGCCGUGGCUGCCAACAACAACAAUAAUAUCAACAAUCAAGCACCGGGCGCCGUUUUCAAUGCUCUGGCGGCACCACAACAAGCCAACCAACAAGCUGCCCCCGCAGCAGGCAAUAAUUUCGCGCCAAAUCCAUUGCAACAGGCAMAAGCCGUCAAUGACAUCGUUGCUCAGGCUCAGGGCGUCGCGCCUGCGCUUCAAGCGCAUGCAAUGGCAAUAGCAGCAGCGAAUCGCCACCAACACGCCCAGGCAACCACACCGGCGAGAAUAUACAAGCUUCAAUUUGAUGCGCGUAAGAUCAUCUGUGCCAGCCAGGAUUCACGAAUCGUGGGCUGGGAUUUUGCCGCAGGUGACGAGGACAUUAUGGAAGCGUCUCAGUUUUUUCUAGGCGUAUGA